AUGCAUACACCGGGAUCGUCUACGUCCGGUUACGCACUGCUGCUAAUCGUCCAGGUCGUGUUUAUAAUCGUGUUUGGAUUCUGUACCGAUUAUGCUAAAGAAUUGCUGCCCGUUAAAAAUGAAACGCUUCGAACCGCGUCGUCCGAACCUACGGAGUCUAAUCUACGCAAAUAUCCCCAUUUUCAAGACAUACACGUGAUGAUCUUUGCCGGCUUUGCCUUUCUGAUGACGUUCCUGAAGCGGUAUGGUUUUAGUGCCUCGGGACUAAAUCUGCUGGUGGCGUCCCUCGUCGUGCAGUGGGCUAUCAUAAUGCGCGGCUGUUACGAAAUGGAGGAUGGCAUCAUACCGAUCUCGUUGCAGAAUCUUAUCGGUGCGGACAUAGCCGCUGCGGCGGUACUGAUCAGUAUGGGUGCCUUGCUGGGACGCACGACUCCAAUCCAGCUGCUUGUAAUGGGCAUUUUGGAGAUCGCGAUCUUCGCCGGCAAUGAGUAUCUGCAGAUAGAGCUCGUUAAGGCGGCCGAUGUUGGUGGUUCAAUAACGGUGCACGCUUUUGGUGCUUACUUUGGGCUGGCGGUUAGCUUUAUGUUGCGUCCGAAGAAGGAGCAGGCAAAGGCGGGCCCACUGGAAGGUUCGUCGUACAAUUCGGACAUCAGUGCCAUGAUCGGUACGAUCUUUUUGUGGAUCUUCUGGCCUAGCUUUAACUCGGCACUGGUGGAUGGAGCUGAUCAGGAGCGUGCCAUUAUCAAUACGUAUCUUUCGCUUGCCGGUGCUACGGUGACUACAUUCGUACUGUCGGCACUGGUAUCGCACGACCACAAGCUGGACAUGGUGCAUGUGCAAAACUCUACCUUGGCUGGCGGUGUUGCCGUUGGUUCGAUCUGCAACCUGCUGAUCCACCCAUUCGGUGCACUGAUCGUCGGUGUUAUUGCCGGGGUCAUUUCGGUGCUCGGUUAUCGGUACCUUACGCCUGCCAUACUGUCCAACCUCCGCAUAGCUGACACGUGCGGAGUUCACAACCUGCACGGAAUGCCCGCAGUACUUUCAGCCAUUUUCUCCGCCAUUUAUGCCACGUUUGCCAGCGCCGAUACAUACGGCAGCUCAUUGGCUACGAUUUUCCCUGCCAUGCAGAAUCCCAACACCACCCACCACACAUCGGAAAUGGAACCACUCGAAUACGUCAUUGGAGGUUACGGUCGUUCCGGAGCGAAACAGGGAGCAUUCCAGCUGAUGGCGAUUGGUUUGACGAUGGCAAUUGCCAUCGCUGGUGGUUUGCUAACGGGAUUGAUACUCAAGUCACCCUCAGUUCGUCAGUUGGAAGAACAUGAGUUGCACAAAGAUGAUGCAUUUUGGGAAACGCCUGCGGAGGAUACGAAAAAUAGCACAGACACAAACGAAGCGACACAUCAGUAAGCAAGGAUUACAC